AUGGAUCUGAUGAACCGUAUAUUUCAGCCGUAUUUGGAUCAAUUUGUUGUGGUCUUCAUUGAUGAUAUACUUGUUUAUUUGAAGACAGAAACAGAGCAUGAUGAGCAUCUCAGAACAGUGUUACAGAUUUUGCGGGAAAAGCAAUUGUUUGGGAAAUUAAGUAAAUUAUCAGCGGAAGGAAUCAAAGUUGAUCCGAAGAAAAUUGAAGCCAUAGUUCAAUGGAAAGCUCCAAGGAAUGUGUAUGAGCUCAGUAUCACUAAUGAUGGAAAUCUGUUAGACGAGUUAAAAGUAAAACCGGUAAUAUUUGAGCAGAUUAGAGCAGCUCAGUUGGGAGAUGAUAAGUUGGUGAAGAAAAGAGAGAUGAUACAGAGUGGUACAGUAGAGAACUUCAGUAUUGAUGCACAUGGAUGCUUAAGGUACCAAGAUCGAGUUUGUAUUCUAGAUAACUUUGAAUUGAAAGAACUAAUACUUCGAGAAGCACAUGAUGGCUCAUUUGCUCUACACCCCGGAGAUUCAGUACCUGUACCUUGUGGGAUCUCGGGAGCCGGUGAAGGAGUAGGAGGAGGAGCUUGA